AUCAAAUUUUUAUAAAAUAUAUCUAUGUAUAAAUAAAGAUAUUAGUGGUCAAAAUGCAAUUUAGGAGACCCUAAAAAGUCAAAUGGAAGAAUAAUAUAUAAUAUAAUGAUGGAUAGGUCUCCGCUCGAGCUGGGCGAUUCACGCCGCCCCCGUGAAUUUCGAUUUACAGGGAAAGGUUUCCGAUCUAAACCUUGGGAAAGGUUUUCUGCCAUCGAUUAUGGCCGCCAAUUAUCAGAUAGUGCAAGGUUACUUCAAUCGCAGCGGCAUUUUCAGAAAGGGGUUUACAAAAAUCAGCGAGGGGUUACCUUCCAACCGAGUUCAUCCAGAGGUCAAAACAGAUUGGGCCUCCCCGAUGAAGCCUACUUUCUUCGGAGGAUUAAAAAACCUCAAUCUAGAGGUUACAAUCCAGAGAAAGCUGGGAAACUCCUUCCAUAUUCAGGUCCAUUCUCCUUAUCUAAUGGCAAGCUCUCCAUCCAUAUUGAAAGUAAAAGGUAUGAUUUCCACCACUCAGGUUCGUUUCAUAUAUCAGAGAUGAAGAAAGGUUAUUUUCGUACCAUUUCUGUUUCCACCACUUUGGCUCUUUGGGUGCUUGAAUCUCUGGAACAUCACGUUAUGACUACAGCUAAUUGGAUACUCUUUCGAUUUGAAGGGGAAAACUCAGUGAAUAUUAAUUGGGGAUCAAACUCGUUUGGGGAGUUUGUGAAGAUUACUUCUGUUUUUGAGAAAAUCAGAUCCACUAUUUGUGUCCCUUUCGGUGCUAGAAAGCUUGGUUUAAAAUUCUUUAUCAAGGCACUAUCUAGGUCCCUUCUUGAUAGAAAUGAUGUGAUUCCCCCUUCUCAUACUUCAGCACCUAGUGAGGAGAUUCAAGGAGGUGAAAUGGCUGCGAUUCUCACAGGACCCCCAAGCCCCAAACCAGAUUGGAAAGACCCAAUAAUUGAUGAUCUCGUUCAACAGCCUGUCCAGAAGGAAUCUACUAUCCCAGGUCUCCUUUUCCAUUCGGACAUUAAUGAUUUUUGCCUCAACGAAAACAGUAUUGACAUAUGCUGCAAGGGAGAUUACGAUGAGGAAUUCAAGAUUCUAGAGCCCUUGUUCACAGAACAUUUUGAAUCAAUGUUCGAGGAGUCAUCCUGUUAUUUAAGGGAGGCAAUGACAAUUGCAAUGGUACGUGAUAAGCUGCAGAAGGGUAUUUUGAAGAAUGGUAAAGGUAAGGCAUUCAGGAUGACAAGGCAAGUGACUAGGAGCAUCGAGGCUGUAGAUUACGUCAAGAUAAGGGGUACUAAAAACCCGGUCUACUUAAUCUAUUCUAAUGAGGACUCUAGAGUUAUACAAUCCUGCUGUGGAGAAUUUUUACAGCACUUCUAAACACGCUGUUGCCGUGGACCAAGCUCAGGACUGGCUGAGUUCAGAUUUUGGUAGCGUCCUAGAUUUCUUAUUGGCCCCUUUGAAUGGUUGUUUUGUAAGGGUUGAUGGGUUCUUUCUUCUCUGUCCUUGUUUGCUCAUUUGGGUCUUUAGCUAGGGAUUUGGAGUUGCAGCAACAUUUUCCUUAUGGGUCUUGUGGAUUGAUGGUUCUUUGCUAGACGGGAAGCUACUCUUUACCUGAGUAGUUCUCGUGCUGUUUUGGUAUUCUGCCUCAAGGGAGUUGGAACUGAUGUUGGGUUCUCUAUAUGCCUUGACACAGAUUGGUUGUUUGUUUAAGAGCAGCGCCUAUUUCACAGAUUUAUCGUUUCACUCUGCUUUUAGGAGUCAAGGUAAAAUCAUGUUACCUGGCCGGAUGUUACUAUCAUCACUUUGGGUUAUAUGAGACUCUUCCACUUUGCUCUCCUGGGAAAGCAAUAUGCAGGAUUGGUAUUACUGCUUAGGACAGUUGAAAGGUUUUGACAGACUGCUUGGCGGGUUUCCUUGGACAGAUGACAGGCUGCUUGGCUUGUUUUGUAAAGUAACUAUGCUGUACUGGGUUUUUGUUUUAGUUGUUUGUUUUGUAGACCGGUGUGUUGGGUUGGCCACCCCUCUCUUGGAUUCCUUAUCUUUU